GCCGAGGCCGUGGGAGUGGGAAAAAGGACCGCUCGCUCAUUCACUCCUCGCCGGCGUCCAGCAACAGCAACCAAACCAACCCAGCCGCUCGGCUCGGUUCCAUCGCCAUCGCCUCCUCUCUUCUUUUCUCCCCGCCGCAACACCAGGCGGAAACGGAAGAUUCAGACUUCAGAGGAAGAGACCGGGCGGUCGCGGCGGUGUUCGCCUGUUUGUGCCCCCCCCCCCCCCUCUUAUGGACGGGCAGAGGAGGCCCCGCUUCUUCAAGGUCCUCGUCGGCGACUUCGCGCGCCGCAUCGAGAUACCUCGAGGCUUCCUCUGUCAUAUUCCAGAGGAGAGACGCAGAACAUCUGCUGCCACAGUGGCUUCAUCUGCUAAGGCCCUACUUAAGAAUGCAGAAGGGAAGACUUGGCCUGUUGAGCUAGAGGAAAUUGAUGGUCGUGUGUUUCUGACCACUGGAUGGUCGAAGUUUGUGAAGGGCAAUUGUUUAGGGGAGGGUGAAUUCCUUGUCGUCGAAUAUGAUGGGAACAUGCAUUUCAGGGUCUCAGUUUUUGGUGUUAAUGCUGUCGAGAAAGCAGUUUGGCCUUCAGGAAGUGGUGCCCAAGCUACUGGAAAUUUAGGAGAACAACCAUGCUAUAUCUUCCCUUCUAGUAAGAAGGGACACGGUGGUGACGAAUUAACAGAGACAGUUAAGAGUCCCAUCCAUAGUCACGCACAGACAGUAACCACACAACGAAGCACUCAGGGGGAUGAACAUAUUUCAUCCCAGGACACGAUUGGUUUCCUUGACCUGCAUGAAGUAGGUUGUUCCAAAGAUGAGUUGGAGACAUGCUUGUCACAGAAGGAGCCAAUGGAGGAUGGUAAAGCUAAAGCAAUUGCCGAAGCAAUGAGAACUUUGCAUGUUGACAAAUUGGCAGUUGAAUUAUUCUGUGCUACACUCUGUUUGUAUAAAUGGAAAGUUGAGGCGGCUGCAGAAGAUUUAAAUAUUUGUAGGGGCAAACUAAAUAUUCUGGAACAAUCUAUGAAGCAGAAACUUGUUUUGCAGUUUGACUUUAUAAAGAGACAACUACAACGCUUCUUCCCUCCUGAUGAUGAUUCUGAGAGAAUCAAGAAGAACAAUCUUGAGGGGCCUAACUUGUCUAAUCAACCACUACAGCGUGACCUGACUGUGCCACCAGUGAAGCGAAGGCUAGUUGAUGAAAAUGAACCUUGUGAUUUGUCUCACAAACAGAAGAGGAAAAUAGUUAAGUUGCAGCAAGGCUCACCGCAAACUCAAACACCAAGAAGAUCACCACGAUUGGCACACCUGAAUAAUACUCGCAACAGCACAAAUAACGUGUUGAAAAAAAGAGCUGAAGUGCUCAAACCACCACCAGCCACAAUAAUUCAGGUCAAGGAUAGGGGACAUAAAUCAUGCUCGCUCCAUAAGAAACCAUAUAAUGCCUUGAAAACAACAACAGGUUCCUUAUCUCAGGACCUCAGGAAACUGGAUUCUCCACGGUGUGAGGUUGGCGUAAGUAAAGAGCAUGAACAUGAUCAAGGAGAAACUAGAAAAAUGUUGGAUCACAGCGACAAUGGAAAGAACAGUAAAGAACAAAUGGAAAUAAAUGCUGUGGAGACUUCUGAUUCAUUCAUGAGUACAGAUUGCAUAGAGUCACCACCAAACAACUCUGGGUUGACAGCAUAUUCAAGAACAAGUGAGCUAUCAUUUACAUGGAAGCACCCACAACAUGUCAAUCCCCUUGAGAAAAUUUUACUUGACAUUCAAAGGGACAACUUUGUGAAAACCAUCGCAAGCAUCCAGAAAAUAAUCCGGGAUGAUCCUUCAGAUGUGCUGAGUGCAGAUACAAUUGAAGCCGCUGUGCGGAUAGGAAUUCUGAAAUGUGAUUCAUGCCUUCAGGAUAGGAAUGCCCAAAAGAUAGUGAAUGCAUUGUUGGAGUAUGCUAAAAAGGUUAAGGAGAAAAACAAUUUCAGUAUUGAGAUGAGGAAGGAAGAGUUCUCUGCAAAGCUACAGGAUCUCUUGAAGUGGCAGCUUAAAGAGCUAGAAACUGCAUACACUUCCUUGGAAUCAGAUUACAAGAAAGCAUCAACUGAUUCUACCAUUUUCUUCUCAACAUUGGAAGAGCACAGGAAAAAAUUGCAUGCCGUUAAGGAUGGUAUCAAGGACAAUCAGCAGGAUUUGAUGAUUGAGGAUGAAAUUCAAAAGUUGGCACAUAAAGUUGCUGAGCAUGAGACUAUAUAUCAGAAGUCUAUAAUAGAAAAGGUAAGGGUUAAGAUGGAUCUGAAGAACUAUCAGCAGACUCUUGGUGAUGUAAAAGAGCGGCUUGCCUCUACUGAACCUGGAUCAGUUGAUGUAGAGGCAUUGGUUAAGAUAGAGAUGGAUAAUAUGAGUAAGGAGAUUCAGCUUUCCAAGGGAAUUCUUCUAAACAUCAACUUCGAGAAAGAGUAAAGAAGGUGCAGCAUCUGCUUAUGAUUGUUUAUUUUCUGCCUAUGGUCUAUUCAUGGUCUGAUGUCAUGCUACCAGCAUCAGCAAUCAGCUUUCCUGUGCUCACCAGGACGAAAAAGGUUUUGAAAACAUCACCCGCAGAGAUCUCUCCAGACUGUGCCAGCUUCCCACCGUACCAGAAGUCCAGUGCCCAUGA